AUAACGAAUGCCCAAAGUUGUUUGUUUCGCCUGAUUUUUUUCUCGAUGCAAACGAGUCCAGAAGUUAACUCCAUGAAUAGCAUUAUUUUUUCAUUUUUUACCGGUGGGAUUUGUGAUAAAAGUCGCAGUCGCCUGUGAAUUCCUUCAUAUUUGUAAGAGAUUCACCGUGACGUUGUCACAGGUCUUCGUGGGUAUAUAAGCUCCGGAAAUCAAUUUUUCCAGUGUUGUAUUUAUCUUUGUCUCUUGUCUGCCACUUGAAGAAUACCGGCUCUCAUUCUUGUGCACAAUGUUGGGUCUAGCUGUGACGCUGUUGUCCGUGUGUCUCCUGGUGUCAGCAGAAUCAUGCGAAAAUCAAAAUGACGAUCACUGCAUGAGCCAGGACGAGAGCUUCAACCAGGACAAAAACUGGGAGAACGCCAGUUCGAUUUACCAGUUCCGUGCCCGUAGCCUCGCCGGCAGCGACGUAUCCUUGGACAAAUACCGUGGACACGUCCUCCUCAUCGUCAACGUCGCCAGCGCAUGUGGUCUGACCAGCGUCAACUACGAGCAGCUUGUCGACCUCCAUAAAAAAUACGCUGACUCAAAAGGCUUGAGAAUCCUGGCGUUUCCCUCCAAUCAAUUCGCCAACCAGGAACCAGGAACAUCCGAGGAUAUCGCAAAAUUCGUGAAGAAGUACGACGUCCAAUUCGACAUGUUCGAAAAAAUCAAGGUAAACGGCGACACCGCUCAUCCUCUCUACAAAUGGCUCAAGUCCAAACAAAGCGGACCGACCGACAACAGUGAUAUCGCGUGGAAUUUCACAAAAUUCCUCAUCGAUAAGAAAGGACAAGUCGCUAAACGUUAUACACCCACCACCCAACCCUUGAGCAUCGAGAAAGAUUUUGACGAAUAUUUCUAAUCAAGUUGCACGUGACAAUGUACUCCCAUCGGAAGAUAUCCGUAAAAUACAUACAAUAUGGGUGAAUUCUAUCAAUUUUAGCAUUUUCUGAAAACGUCACAAAUGUUUCGACAGCUUUCAGUGCUUUAAGCUUCUGAAAAAAAUUAUACCCAAUCAGCAUUAUUUGAAAUUCCAUUUUCUCCUUCAAUUGCAAUUGAAAUGUGAAUUUUCCCUGAAGACAUUGCAGUAAAAUGAUGUCCA